GCGACUUAUUUGAAAUUGUGCGUGACUUGUCUUUCUCAUUAUCAGACUCACACACCUACCAAGUGUUCGAGAUAAUUCCUCUGAGAAAAAUCGACUUUUUUUGUUUUUUUCACGGGGAAGUGAACGUUCGGCGUGGAAAGCAGAGUAAACUGUUGACAGAAAGCUUAGCGAUUUAGUAACGAUCACUGUGUGUGAUCGAUCCCCUGUAGUCAUCGCCCAGAAAGUAUGUGCGGGCAUGACUCAUGACGAGUCAACUCGACGACUAAGCCGCCGAGGCUGCUUCUGCUACCAUUCGAAGUACACCUCUGUGAUUGACUUCACUAACCUGUGGAGACUGCAAGAACUUCAAACUUGUGUCAUAGAACUAGUGUACAAGGUCUUGCAGAUGCAUUUAUCCUUCUUUGAUGUCGUCCAGUACUGUGAACUUGCUUUUUCAUAAGGCCAAUCUCUUGCCUAAACACAGUCUAUAAGGUCAUCUCCAAGUUGUUAGCAGGUCGACUUAAAGGUAUCUUACCCGGAAUAGUCAGCCAUGCCCAAUCUGCUUUUAUGCCUGGUCGCCUCUUAUUGGAAAAUGUGCUGCUUGCUACUGAAAUCGUACAUGGUUAUAACAAGAAGAAUACCCCUGCUAGUGCAAUGCUUAAAGUCCACCUAAGAAAGGCUUUUGAUUCCAUGGGUUGGGAUUUUGUUAUCUCCACAUUAAGAGCUGUUAAUAUGCCUGAAAAAUUCAUAGGAUGGAUUCAAGAAUGUAUCUCUACGGCCAGCUUCUCUAUAUCAGUUAAUGGGCACACAGGGGGCUUCUUCAACAGCACUCAAGGUCUAAGGCAGGGGGAUGCACUCUCCCCGUAUCUGUUUGUCUUGACCAUGGAGGUUUUCUCGAGCUUGCUCAAAUCAAGGUAUCAAUCUGGUUAUAUAUCCUAUCAUCCAAAAACCUCAGACUUGGAGAUUUCUCACUUGAUCUUUUGCGGUCAAAUAGAUAAGAAGGGAUUGGUGAAAGUGGCUUGGUCGCAAGUAUGUUGUUUGCCAAAAAAAGAAGGCGGUCUUGGGUUACGGUGUUUUGCGGUGUGGAACAGAACUUUAUGCCUUCGAAUGAUCUGGCUUCUCUUCUUAUAUAGUGGUUCCCUAUGGGUGGCGUGGCAUAAACAUCACAACCUUAGCAGUUCAACUAGCUUCUGGAACCUCAUAGAAAAACCUAAUGACUCGUGGAAUUGGAAGUGUAUGCUGAGGCUAAGGGACUUGGCAGAACGUUUCAUCAGUGCAACAUCGGUAAUGGCAGAACAGCUAGCUUCUGGUUUGAUAAUUAGACUCCUUUUGGCCUACUGAUCAAUUUUAUUGGUAGACAUGGCCCCGCGUUCCGAACAGACCUUGAUGUUUCAUGUCCAUUUAACUAGUAUACACGUGCCAAGUGAGGAACAGGGGCUCGACACUUAUGAAUGGGUGGUUGACAACCGAAGCUGCAAUGGUUUCUCUUCGUCACAAACUUGGUCCGUCCUAAUACCUAGAGCUGAGGUCGUGGACUGGGCAGAUUCGGUAUGGUUCAAAGGAGCAACACCUAAACAUGCUUUCACCAUGCGGACAGCAACCCUUAAUCGCCUUCCUACAAAGACACGGCUUCAGAGUUGGGGUAUGCAGAUUAGUCCAACUUGUGGUUUAU